AUCGGGAGUGACGUCAUCCCGUCGGGGUUCAGUCAGUCGAGCCAGUGUUAUCGUAUAGUGAGACCGUAUUUGGCAUUUAACACGCAGAAUCAAAUACUUUUAAUUAAAUAUGUAGAAAAUAGUAUUAACUUCAUUGAUCACGUGAUAAAAUAAUCCGAAGAAAAUGGAAUAAAAUGUCCGAAUCUUUUGGAAGCGUUCAGAUUAACAACUAUGAUCAGCUAGAAUAGAAAAGCUUGUAAGAAUGACAUAGAUUGCAUCUUGCCAUCAAGAUCUUAUGAGCGUUUAAAAAAAUAAAAUGGAAAAGAAAAUGAAAAUACGUCCAUCUCGACCAAAACCCAUCGUAGAAGUGAGAUCUCAACGUCAGAAGACUGUCUUACUAACUCCAGAAGAGGAAGAUGAGCUGACAAAUUACAUCAUAGAAUUGCAAAAAAUUGUUUUGAGGUUAACAAUAAACGACGUUAUAAUAAUAGCAAAUCAAUUAGCAGAGAAACACAAUAAAAAACUUAUAUUCCGAAAUAAUGCUAUCAUGGCCGAACGUCUCUGGGUUUUUAAUUUAAUGAAACGACAUCCUAAAAUAAUUUUACAAAUACCGAAUAUAAAUUCAAAAUCUGUUGGUUUCAAUGUGGCAGAAUUAGAUUAUUUCUAUAAAACACUAAACGGAUUUUAUAAUGUAAAAAAAAAUCCUCCAGACCGAAUCUAUACCAUAGAUUACAUUAAAAUUUUCCUUGGAGAAAGUAGCACCUAUAUUAUUAAUCAAACAAAGAAUAAAGAAAAUAAAGAUGGAAUAAUAUUAAAGGCGAUUCUGUGUUUAAACGCUGAUGGCCAUUAUCUGCCAUCGAUGAUUAUAUUUCCGCAAAAGCAACAACCAGAUUUAACUUAUAAAGAAAGUGCUUGGAAAAUCUGCAUUCCCAAUAGUUCUCUGACAAAUGAAUUCUUACAAUGGUUACGUAGAUUUAUAUUUUUAAGCGGAGCUAAGAAAGAGCAGCAAGUGUUGUUGCUUUUCGACGGCCAACUUAUGUAUACUAAAAGUAUCGAAAUAGUAAAUAUUACUAGAAAUAAUGGAAUUAACAUGAUUUGUUUUCCACCUUGUACUCAAAACAGACUUCAACCAAUAGAUGAUGUAUUUAUAAACGAUUUAUCUAAAGCGUAUGAAAAAGUUGUGGAAAUUUGGUUGCAAUCAAACCCAGGAAAUAAGUUAACGGCGGAAAAUGUUGUGAAUUUGUUUGAUAAAAUAUUAUCGAAAGAGGCCGCUACAUUUGCCGCUACUGAAGCAUUUAAAAGAUGUGGAAUUUAUCCUCUUGAUAUGAAUUUGUUCACAGAAAGCGAUUUUAUACCUGUAGAAAGAAAAGUUCAGGUUGAUAAAGAAACUCCUCCGCCAACAAAUACAAAUCACGAAACAGUUAGGUCAAGUAAACACUAUUAUGAUUUAUACUACAAUCCAAGGCCUGGAUGCUCAUUUUGGCCAGAUUAAAUGUGACAGUGAGUUUUACACAACACAAUAUACGAAGUAUAUUAUUUAUCUGAAUAAAAUUCAGAUUGUAGGAUAUUUUCCUUACAAUCUAAUUGUUUCCUGUUACUUUUCU